AUGCGGGCUUUCAUUGUAUCAUCCCUUCUCUACAUCGCUCUCGCUGUAGGCCAGAGUCUACCCUCUCGCGUCGUCUACCAGUUCCCAGAAAAGCCCAACUGGAUCGAAAACAUCGCCGUCCGCAAGAAUGGCAACCUUCUCCUGACUCUCCUCACCUCCCCCGAAAUCUACCAAGUCGCCAAGCCGUGGGAAAAGUCUCCGUCAGCAGAGCUCGUGCACCGGUUCUCAUCGUUUGACGGGCUUCUCGGCAUCACCGAGACCUCCCCUGAUACGUUCCUGGUUGUGGGCGGCAACUUCUCUGGGAUCGGUGUCAGCGUUCCCGGUACCUUCUCGACGUGGGAGGUCAGCUUAAUUCACAAGAAGACCACUGCGACCAAGAUUGUCGACGUUCCAGAAGCGUCGUUCUUGAAUGGCGCCGUCGCUCUGCCCUGGGAUCGCAAUAUUGUCCUCAUUGCCGAGUCUGCGCAUGGAAAGGUUUACAGAGUCAAUAUCAGAGCCAAGAAGCACGAUGUUAUUCUAGGGGGUCAGAAUCUUGAACCUACAUCCGCUACGGUUCCACCAAUCGGAAUCAACGGUGUUCAUAUUCGCGGAGAUUUCUUAUACUGGACCAACAGCUCCCUUAGAAAGGUAUUCCGAGUCAAACUCGAUCGCUCGGGGCGUGUCUCGUCAGGAGCAACCAUAGAGCAGAUUGCCAGCAUCGACGUGGCGUUCCUCGACGACUUCACCUUUGACAAAAAUGGCGAUAUCUGGGCCGUGACCAACAUAGACGACAAGCUCGUCUACAUAAACCCCGAAGGCAACAGCACAAUCGUCGCUGGCUCGGAGACCGAGCUGACUAUCGCUGGGGGAACCGCCGCUGCUUUCGGUCGAAACGUCAAGGACAGGGAGAUCUUAUAUGCUGUUACUGGUGGAGCUCUUGCCAACCCUGUUAAUGGGACGAUCACAGAGGCUGGAAAGGUGGUAGCUUUCGAUACGCGUAGCUAUAGCCUAUAA